AUGUUUUUUUCAGGUGAGACUACAGGCCCCGCCCCCUCUGACUCACAGACGCCACCUGCAGGAUCCAAACCAGACUCUUCUGAUUCAGAUUUUGACUCAGCGCCCCCUCCUGACGAUUUGAGCAAAGAGUCUCCAGACCCCGCCCCCUCCUUCUCUGACCCCACCCCCUCAUCCUCUGACCCCGCCCCCUCCUCGUCUGACCCCGCCCCCUCCUUCUCUGACACCGCCCCUUCCUCCUCUGACCCCACCCCCUCAUCCUCUGACCCCGCCCCCUCCUUCUCUGACCCCGCCCUCUCUGACCCGGUCUGGAUCGGCCCUGGUCCUGGUCCAUCUUUAGACCCCUCUGAGUCUGGUUUAGAUCCUGUUGAUCCUGGCUUUUCCGUUUCAGAGUCUUACACAGUUUUAGUCCCUUUGUCUGAGGACCCUCCCCCAACAGACCCCAGUCCUAGUCCAGGUCUAGACCCUGGUCCUGGUCCAGGUCCAGGUCCCUCUGAGUCUCAGGGGACGUCUCCAGUCUCACCUGAACCUGAGUCUCGUGUAGAACUGUCCGAUCCAAACCCGGGACUAUCUGAGACCGGACCAGAAACCAGACCAGAAACCAGACCAGAAACCAGACCGGAAACCAGACCAGAAACCAGACCAGAAACCAGACCGGAAACCAGACCAGAAACCAGACCGGAAACCAGACCAGAAACCGGACCAGAAACCGGACCAGGGACCGGACCAGAGACCGGACCAGAAAAUGGGCCAGAGACUGGACCAGAAACUGGACCAGAAACCGGACCAGAAACUGGACCAGAGACCGGACCAGAAAAUGGACCAGAAACCGGACCAGAAACUGGACCAGAGACCGGACCAGAAAAUGGACCAGAGACUGGACCAGAAACUGGACCAGAAACCGGACCAGAAACUGGACCAGAAACUGGACCAGACACUGGACUAGAGAUUGGACUAGAAACCAGACCAGAGACUGGACCAGAGACUGGACCAGAAACCGGACCAGAGACCGGACCAGAGACUGGACCAGAAACUGGACCAGAGAUUAAACCUGAGACUGGGUCAGAGACUGGACCUGAGUCCUCAGAUCCUGCCUCUGAUGUUUCUUCUGUGGACCUUCAGACCACAGAGUCCUCUGAGCCUCCAGUAGGGGGUCCCUCCCUCCAGACCCCAGACCCUAAACCAGACCCAGACCUGGUCCCAGACCCUAAACCAGUCCCAGACCUGGUCCCAGACCCAAGUUUUCCUGAGACCCUUGAAAGUCCAGAUACAGACCCUGCGCUGGUGCUGCCUCCUGAGAGAGCUGAAGAACCAAGACCAGAACCAGGACAACAGCCAGGACCAGAACCAGCACCAGAACCACAACCACAACCAGAACCACAACCACAACCAAGACCCAAACCAGAUUCUGGAGGGUCUGAGAGGGACUACGCUCCAGUCGACUUCUCCUUCCCCUCCCCUGAUGAGGGACCAGAGACCAGACCAGAGACCAGACCUGAGACCAGACCUGAGACCAGACCUGAGACCGGACCAGACCGGACCUGAGACCAGACCUGAAACCAGACCUGAGACCAGACCUGAGACCAGACCUGAGACCAGACCUGAGACCAGACCUGAGACCAGACCUGAGACCAGACCAGAGACCAGACCUGAGACCAGACCUGAGACCAGACCUGAGACCAGACCUGAGACCAGACCUGAGACCAGACCUGAGACCAGACCUGAGACCAGACCUGAGACCAGACCUGAGACCAGACCAGAGACCAGACCUGAGACCAGACCUGAGACCUGAGACCAGACCUGAGACCAGACCUGAGACCAGACCUGAGACCAGACCUGAGACCAGACCAGAGACCAGACCUGAGACCAGACCUGAGACCAGACCUGAGAGGAAGGAAGAGAAAAAAGAACCAAAAGAUAUGACAAAGGAGACGAGGAAGGAGGAGACAAAGAAGGAGACGAAAGUGGAGACAAAGGAGGAGGCAAAGAAGGAAACCAGACGAGGAGGAGAGGAAGAAGGGAGAGAGGAGAAAAAGGAGGAGAGGAAAGAAGAAAGUAAAAAAGAACCAAAGAAAGAGACAAGGGAGGAAGGAACCGAGGAAACAAAGGAAGGAAAAGAGGGAAGGACUGAGGAGAGGAAGGAGGAGAAGGAGGAGAAGAAGGAGAAGGA